AUGAAGGAAGCCUAUGUGACCACGGGGGCAACUUCCCCCUACGAAAGGCUUGUGCUUGCGGUUCUCUCUACACGCUUCAUCACCGCCCUUGCCACGGCAGGGUUUAGCAAACUAACUGUCCAACAUGGCACUUUUAAACCUAACCGUGAAUUCAAAGAGGCUCUCGUCCAAGGUACUGCUCAGGGGGUGCAAAUAUCCUUCUGCGAAUACGAUUCCUCCCUCGCCGCCCGGAUGGCUCGUUCCCAAUUGGUUUUCUCCCACGGAGGCGCCGGAUGCAUUUUGGAUGCCGUUCGGGUGGGGUCCCACCCGAACGGCAAGGACGGCCGACGCGUAGUGGUGGUCCCUAAUAACGCCCUCAAGGACGCCCAUCAAAGAGAAAUUGCACAUGCCUUUGCCGACAUGGGGCUAGUGGAAUGUAUCGAUAUCGAAGGUGGAGUUGAUGAAUUAGUGGAUGCAUUAGUACAGGUGGUGCCAACAGACACAACUAGUCUUACCACCACCAUCACCACCACUACUGACACGAAGAAUUGCGUGGCCCAUGGUGCCAUUGUAGAGUCAGUUGUUUCUCAAGAACUCUAUUGA